AUGCCGCUAGCAGGAGCUGCAGCAAAAGCAGGCCCAUCACCACGCCUGUCAUCGAGAACUGCUGUCGGUGGUACCACGGGUCAUAGCAACGGUCGCGAUCUGGUAAUCGGUGAGCCGGUUCUUGUCUCGCACUUCUCGGCCAGUCCACGUACGAUGCGCAUGUUUCCGGAUGGAUUGUCCAGUAUUUUAUCAUCGCAAGCUGUCACACAACAAAUGAUGAAUCAUUUUCGUCGUGGUGCUACCACAACUGCUUCUGCUCCCACCGAUGAUGAUCAUCAUCGUACUCUUCCGGAUGGCGUAUCAUUUGCGAUGCUUCAACCCAGUGGCUUCGGACAGCAGGAACCACUGAUGCCGGAUUGCGGUAUCGCUUCGUCUCGAUACAGUGCUGCGAGCAGUUCCGCGACAUCUGCAUCACGUGCACGCGAUUUCCGAUCACGUUUUCUUGGUGCUAUAUCAUUUGCGAUGCUUCAACCCAGUGGCUUCGGACAGCAAGAACCACUGAUGCCGGACUGCGGUAUCGCUUCGUCUCGAUACAGCGCUGCCAGUAGUUCCGCGACAUCUGCAUCACGUGCACGCGACUUCCGAUCACGUUUUCUUGGUGCUAGUAAUCGGCGUAUGGGUAUGGUACUACUUACGCCACCUGGCAACAACGAUUCGUCCACAUCAUCUUCUUCGGCUGCUGCUGCGGCCGACGAACGUCGCAAGCAGUUGCGGCGUAACAGGCCCCGAGAUAUGUCUUGCGAUCCGUCGCUGAUGCGUGGAUUGCCACGGCAUGAUCGGAUUUAUGAUCGCGUUGCACGAGAUGACCUGUACUGUGACAGUGGUGAUGAUUAUCCCCCUCCUGCCGCUGCUGAUCUGUUAACAGUGGGGCGACACUAUGACAGAUAUGCGAUGAAUCGCAAUGACAACGCUGCGUCAAGCGGUCUGCGGUAUUCGGGUGAUGUACUCUCGGAUGGUUCUCAGAAUUAUGAUGAUUCGAGAAAUCUUUUGCGACAAGAUGUUGCGGCAGAACGUGAUCAAGAUCGAAGUCUAGCAUCGGAUCGUUUGUUUCGUUCCAGGCUAAUUGUCAACGCAGAUGGAUACUAUGGGCAUAUCCCAGCUAAUGGACCUGAGAAUCGACAAAUUGGCUCUAAUUUUUGCCAAAUGAGGCAAAGUUUGAAUAAAGAUGUAAGGUGGGGAAUUGCGACAACAACGUAUGGAACAAUUGAUGGAAGUUCUGUGGGCGAUUGA